CCUGAGGGGGCCCGGACGCGGCUGUGGAGCAGCAAGGCCCGGGCGGGGGAAGGCCUGUCCGCGGCGGCAGGAAGGGGCGGGCGGCGGCAGGAGGAGAAGGAGGAGGAAGGGGAGCAGGAGGCGUGGCAGCGGUGCCGGGCCGGGGCAUGGAGCAGCGCGGAGGGGGCUGAGCGGUCCGUCAAGAUGUUACAAGUACCGCUGCCCCUGGAUCGAGAUGGGAUUCUCUUCCGGCUCCGUUUUACCACGCUGGCCGUUGGGACUGUGUUUUGCCCACUCUUCGGAUUCCUUUUCUGUGUGAUCUGGUCUCUGCUGUUCCACUUCCAGGAGACGACAGCGACCCACUGCGGGGUCCCUAACUACCUCCCCUCCAUCAGCGCUGCUAUCGGAGGUGAGACCCCCCAGCGCUACGUCUGGCGCCUCUGCAUCGGCCUCCACUCGGCUCCCCGCUUCCUGGUGGCGGUCGCCUACUGGAACCACUACCAGAGCUGCCACUGCUCGCACCCGCGCUACCUGCGCUUGUGCCACUUCAACCUGCUGCUCAACCUGCUGGAAAACUUCGCCCUCCUUAUUCUGACAUAUGUGUCCUCGUCUGAAAACUAUGGAGCGCAAGUCGUACAAGUGGAAGCAGCUGCUCUUCUUCUUCACCUUCAUCACAUUUGCGUUUGCCGUGUGCGUCUACUUCCACCACAACUGGUACUGUGGCCCCGGAGUGUACACCAUCUUCGCGUUCCUGGAGUACCUGGUUGUCCUCUCCAACAUGGCCUUCCACAUGACUGCCUUCUGGGACUUCGGCAACAAGGAGCUGGUGGUGAGCUCGCUGCUGGAGGACAAGCACUUCUAGCCUUCCACGGGCCGGUGCCAGGCAGGGGCUGCUCUUCCCCUGGGGGAGGCAGAGAAGCCCCUUCCCUCUCCUGCUGCCCCACGGCUGGGGCCAAGGUGUUUGCCGUGGAGCUGCUACAAGGAUUGUCCUGGGGUCCUGGGCCCCACAAGUGUCUGUGCAUGGUGCCUGGCUGCACCUGGAGCUCUCUUAUGGGGGAGCUGGGGGCUCUUCCUGGGGACCCCUGAGGCCAGUACCCCCUGCCCUGGCUACCUGCUGGCUACCAGGAUGGGCAGGAGGACAGAAGAGGGGGGCAGUUACCUGCUGCCUGUUUCUUUGGAGGAUGCUCCAGGCAGAACAGAAUUCUGCUUCCAGCAUCAGGGCGUGGGGGGCCAGCCUUGCCCUGCCCUUGCAUUGCCUGGGUGGUCUCAUGGUUCCUCCUUCAGGCUGGGGGUCCUUGGCCACGGUCCUCAAAAAGGGGUCCUCUGCACCCAGACACGGAGUGGCCCAGAGCCUUGGCUUCUUUUGGAAAACCUUUGCUGUGGGGCUGGGGCAGAGCCGGGCCCACACUGCCGGGCUUGGGGCUGGGUCCCGGCUCCCUUCGAGCCCAGGGUGAGCGUGGGAGCGGCGGCCGGGGGCUGGUUCUGGGCACUGCUCUUCCCACCGGGGCUGGGGCAGGGUCCCAUGUUGACGGGAGGGAAGCGCCUCCCACGGUGCUGUCCCAUGCACCGGGCGCAUGGGAUGCUGAGAGCAUCCACGCUCUCUCUCCUGCUCUGCCUUUCCCAGAAGCACCCCCCCCAGCAAGCAAAGGGUGCUCGCGGGGGGGUCGCGCCCCAGUUCCAGCCCAGUCUGGGGAGGAAGGGCGAGUGGGCUGGUACUGGAGGUCCUCGCUGUCAUGGCACGGCUUCCCCUGUGCCCCAGGGCUUGAGCUGGGGCCUGCUGGCGUUCAGCGGUGCUGCCGCCCCGGGAGGAGGGCACUGGCAGUGACCCCCCAUCUGCGGGCUCCGGCUGCCAGGGCACAGGGGGCUGGCAUGGUGAUGGUGCCAUCAGGGUGGGAACUGGGUGCUGGCAGCGUCCCCAGGCUCCUCUGCUCCUCCUGCAUCGCCAGGCCGGGCGGCACUGGUGGAAGGGGACCCGCUGCUGCUCUGGCUCGGAGGGGCUGUGGCCACGGGCCAGGAGGGCUCGGCUGCAUCCCGCACAGGGAGGCACCGGGGAGCCGGUGCUGUGCGUGGAGAGCAGGGGGUCUCAUUCCUGGAGCCUCUCUGGAAGAGGAAUGGGCAGGGGGAGAGGGCUGAGCCUGUCGGCACCAGGGGCUGUCUGGAAUUUGGGGAGCUCUGUGCUUGCCAGGGUGCACCCCGCAUCACACUCGGCCGUGAAGGACCAUGAGGUCCCUGCAACUGCCCUUCAUGUGAAUGCAGCUGCCACCAGCUGUCCCUUGGGAUGUCCCAGUGCUUGUCCCUGCACUCCCGGGGCUUGGGCAGAGCCUCCUCCAGCAGGAGCCACAGCGCCCUGGCCAGUGGCCCUGGCUGAGCCAGGGCCGGGCUGGCCAUCGAGUGGGUCCUGCCGCGUGCGUGUCCAUCUGUGAGUGUCCCCACCACGCUGGGCCAGGCUCCAUCCAUCUGCCCCACCUGCAUGCGUGUGGCGUGCUGUCCUCGGUGGCGUCUGCGCCUUGGUUUUGAGGUUGAAAUAAAGCACUGAGUAUUUUUGUGA